AUGGGCCUCUCAAAGUCGACGAGGAUAUGCAUCCUCCUGGCGAUCGAUACCGUCUUCUUCCUCAUCGAACUCAUUACCGGCUAUGCCGUCCAUUCUCUUGCCCUCGUGGCCGAUUCCUUCCACAUGCUUAACGAUGUCAUCUCCCUACUCGUCGGUCUCUGGGCCGUCAAGGUCGCCAACCAGAAGACAACUUCCAAAAUGUACACCUACGGCUGGCAACGCGCCGAAACCCUAGGAGCACUCGUCAAUGGAGUCUUCCUCGUCGCCCUGUGUCUCUCCAUCUUCCUUGAAGCCAUUCAACGUUUCGUCGAGCCCCAAGAAGUCAGCAACCCUAAGUUUGUGCUGAUUGUUGGGUGUCUCGGUCUUGCCUCCAACAUUGUCGGUCUUUUCCUCUUCCACGACCACGGCCAUGGCGGUCAUAGCCAUGGUGGCCACUCCCACGGACACAGCCAUGGAAACACUGUCAGCGCCGCCGAAGAAGGCCGUGCUGUCCAGGACGAAGAUGCUGAUGUCGCUGAUGAGUCUGGAAACGUCGCCGAUGUGCUGCCUCAGAGCAGAGUUGCAAACUGGCCCAAGACUAAGAAGCCUGCAGCAAGCGGCUCCGGAGCUAGCGAUGAUGUCGAAGUCCCUCACUCUGGCCACCGCCGUCAAAAGUCAAAGUCCAGCCGUUCUCGCUCCAGAGCUUACUCGGUCGAAGACGUGCCUGUCAACCCUUCAUCUUUCCGUCGUUCCAUCAUCGAGACUAGCAGACUUCAAGACAUCGAAUCUGGCGAAAACACCGAAGAAUCCGCCGCAGAGGAUGACAACGCCGACGAGACCACCCAGCAGCCGCUCCUCAAUAAGAAUGGAUCCAACGGCUAUGGUAGCAUUCAAAAGUCAAAGCCCAUCGACCACAAACAGCACAAACACAGACAGCCCAAAGAACAGUCAAGUGGCGGUGGCCACGGUCACUCUCACGACGAUCUCAACAUGCGCGGUGUCUUCCUCCACGUCAUGGGUGACGCUCUAGGAAACAUUGGUGUCAUUGCUUCUGCUCUGUUCAUCUGGCUCACCGACUACAAAUGGCGCUUCUACACCGACCCUGGCAUUUCCCUCAUCAUCACCUGUAUCAUUCUCGCUUCUGCCAUCCCUCUCUGUCUUGCCGCCUCCCGCAUCUUGCUUCAAGCUGUGCCUGCUGGUUUGAGCAUUGAUGAUAUCAAGGAAGAUAUUGAGGAGCUUCCUGGUAUUGUUAGUGCCCAUCACCUCCACGUGUGGCAGUUGAGCGACACCAAGCUUGUUGCGAGUCUGCACGUUCAGGUCGACUUUGACUUCAAGGGCGAGGGCUCGGCAAGAUACAUGGAGCUUGCUCGUGCCAUUCGCGACUGCCUCCACGAGUACGGCAUUCACUCUUCCACUAUCCAGCCUGAGUUCUGCCUCGACCCUGAACACGACCACUCUGCACCUCUCGCCGAUGACACCCACUUUGGCGGUGUUGAUGGAUCCUCUUCUCGUAAGACCUUGGACAGGCAAGCUAGCAAUGCAAACAGUCUUCGCGCUGCGGCAGAUGCGUGCUUGCUUGACUGUGACGAUGCCUGCAAUGGCAAGAGCUGCUGUGCUCCUGCUCCUGCUGAAUCGGAGGAUGCGCAUGACCAUGACCAUGACCACGACGAUCACGGUCACGGCCACAGCCAUUAG